UGCGCGGGUUGAUGACGUAGUGUUGCUUACCGUCCGCGAAAUGGCGAGCCUGCUAAGAGGGCCGUUACUUGUCACAUGUUGGGGUCUUAUUCUGCGCUUUUCUGUCCAAAACCAUCGUAGGGAUAAAUGGCUUCCUAUGCUUCUCAUGGCAAAGGAUCAGUGGAGCGAUGGCGGCUGAGGUGGUGUUGGGAAGGGAGUAUCUGGCUCAUUACAAAGUCAUGAUGGAAAAGCUCAAUGAACAACGGCAGCUCGACCGAUUCACGGACAUCACUCUCAUCGUGGAUGGACACCAUUUCAGAGCUCACAAAGCUGUUCUGGCGGCCUGCAGUCAGUUCUUCUACAACUUCUUUCAAGAGUUCACCCAGGAGCCAAUGGUGGAGAUUGAAGGAGUGAGCAACAUGGCUUUCCGACAGCUGCUUGAGUUCACCUACACCGCCACGCUGGCUGUAGUGGAGAAAGAAGAAGCCCUUGAUGUCUGGAAGGCUGCUGAGUAUUUGCAGAUGCAGGAAGCUAUAAAGGCCCUGGAUGACAAGAUGAAUGGCAAGCAGCCAGCUGUAACUCAAAGUAAAAAACGGAAGAUUGCUGAGACAUCAAAUGUGAUUACAGAAACUCUGCCCUCAGUGGAAGCUGAACAGGUGGAAAUUCAGGUAGUUGAAGAAAAUGCCAUUGAAGUGGCACCAGAGUUGGUGGAGGUGGUUGAUAUGGCCCGGAGCAACCAGUCGGAUGAUUCGGCUUUGGCUUUGCUGGCUGAUAUAACCAGCAAGUAUGAGCAAGGGGAACCAUCCCUGCAGGAGGUCGUUUACCAGGAGGAGACGGAGACUACCCCCAAGGCGAUGGAUGACAUGGAUUUCAUGGACGUCCAGAUGUCCCAGGUCAACGGCUUAUUUCCCUGCGAGAAGUGCGGCCGCACCUUCCAAAUAUACCAGCAGCUGAAGCAGCACAUGAAAACACACACAGGCUUGCUGGAGAAGCGGUACGUGUGCAAGCACUGCGGGAAGACGUACCUACGGGAAGGUGCCUACAAACAGCACAUCAACACGUUCCACUAUGACAUGGAGCUGCUGUCGCACAAGCCUCAAAAGAAAGUGCACGUUUGUGAGUACUGCAAGAAGUGCUUUGACCACUUUGGUCACUUCAAAGAGCAUCUCCGGAAGCACACAGGGGAAAAACCAUUCGAGUGUCCAGAUUGUCGGGAGCGUUUUGCCAGGAACAGCACAUUGAAGUGCCAUAUGGCAGCCUGUCAGAACGGCGCCGGUGCCAAGAAAGGCCGCAAGAAACUCUACGAAUGCCAGGUGUGCAACAGUGUCUUCAACAUCUGGGACCAGUUCAAGGACCAUCUCGUGAGCCACACUGGAGUCAAGCCCAAUCACUGCACCAUGUGUGACAUGUGGUUCACCAACGCCAAGGAACUCAAAUCCCAUCUUAAAGACGUUCACUCAAUUGAGGACAGUAAAUCGACAGACGAGCUGGUGAUCGACUCUCCGGCCUCCAUCGCAGUCCAGAAUCUAGCAGCAGCGGAAACUGUGCUGGUGGAAGAAGGAAUCCAUGUGGAGCACGUAACUGUGGAGCCCGUGGACUUGAUAGAAAUGGGGGCGACCACGACGGUGGUGCUGGACGAGGGGGCAGUGGCCGGGAUGUGUGAGGAGGACGUGGAGCGGCUGAAGCAGGCUGGCUUACAGAUCCAAGUCGUGCAUGUCACGACGGGCGAAGUCGAAGGACAACAGGUGCUGAACUCUCAGGUGGAAGUGGAGGAGGACGUAGCAACAGCUAUGGACGAUAUCGAAACUGUGGUUGUAUGAGUGUAUGAAGGCGCUGAAUGUAUUGGAAGCAACAUGUUCCCACUGCAGCUUAUAUUUUGACAGCUUACAUUGUUGGCACUUAAUUUAUUUCAGAUGCUUUUGUUCACAUUGUACAUAAUGUAUUUUGUUUCCUUUCCCUCUGUGGCACUUUUACUUUUUAGAAAUGUUCCUUUUCCCAUCAUGAGUUUCAAUAAAUGAUCUAUACUUGUUGACCUUGUUUCCACACAGAGAAGGGUUAGAUGCGAUUUAAACAUUCCCAACUCAAUCUAGCAGCACUUUCAAACAUUUGUUUGUGUGACACCAAUUCGAAACUUCCC